AAGCUUAAUAAAGUCAACAGAUCAUCCCACAGGGAUUUCUUGAAUAUUUUCCUCUUUGAUAUUAAAAUGCUCCUCGUGACAAUUACAGCGUCAAUAAUUUGCAUUUGUUUAGCAUAUUUCAUGUACCAAAGCAGACCGAAAGGAUUUCCUCCAGGCCCAAUAUGGUACCCGAUUUUAGGCAAUCUGCUUUUCGUGCACCGCUUGCACGCAAAACUGGGCUACUUUCACUUGGUGUGGUUGGAACUGGCAAGACAAUAUGGGCUUCUGGUCGGUAUGAAACUGGGUGGAAAUUUGGUCAUCGUGGUCAACGGAUUUGAGGCAAUAAAAGCGGUUUCCACCUUGCAGGAGUGUGACGGAAAGCCAGACGGGUUUGUUUUCAAAAUGCGAACCUACGAACAGCGCCUUGGAGUGGGACUUACGGACGGCCCAUUGUGGAUGAAAACGCGAAAUUUCGUGGUGAAAAAUCUAAGACUUUUGGGAGUCGGUCGAGUAAAAAUGCAAACGGUAAUUUUGGAUGAAGCUUGUGUUCUGGUGGAGGAGAUAAAAAGAAGUUUUAAAAGUGAACUAAAAAAGCGUAGACUUGAAGAUUUUUCAAAUCUAAUUCGUCUGAGCAUUUUGAAUAGCCAAUGGACUUUAGUCUCCGGCAAACGAUUCGAUUUAAAUGACCGUCAUCUCACAGACUUGCAAAAGCUAGUUUCGAGUUUUUUCAAAAGCGCUGAUUUUUCCGGCGGAAUCGUCAAUCAGAUUCCGUGGAUUCGCUUUGUCGCGCCGCACUGGUCAGGUUACAGCGGCAUGAAGGCGCUGGUCAAGCCCUUGCAGAAGUUCAGCGAGGAAUUGGUUGAGGAGCACAAAAUGAAAAUUGAUUUAUCUUUGGACGAGCAAGGAAAUUUGGUUGACGCUUAUUUGGCCAUGAUUGCAACGGCAGAUAAAAAUGAUGCGAUCUUUAAUGGAAAGCAAAAUAAAUUUCUUUAAAUAUAUCAAAAUAAAUAAGUUUAUUAAUUUCAGAAAAACAAUUGACCUGCGUUCUUAUGGAUUUGUUCAUGGCUGGCCCAGACACUUUGACCUCAGCUUUGGGCUUCAUGCUUCAGUUUUUGAUUCGGUUCAAAAAUACGCAGAACAAACUGCAUGCCGAAAUUGAAAAAUUCGUUGAAAGGCACAGGCCUAAGACUGAAGACUUGGAAUUAAUGCCAUACACAAAGGCGUUUAUUGCGGAAAGCCUGAGAUUUGCAAAUGUUGCACCAAUUCCGUCUCCACACAGGGCGAUGAAAAAUUGUUCAGUUUUUGGCUAUAAAAUUCGCAAGGACACACUUUUUCUGUUGAACCUUUACAGUGUUCACAUGGACGAAGAUCACUGGGGCGACCCACAAAAUUUUCGACCCGAGCGAUUUUUGGACGCAACUGGAAAUUAUUUUGUGCAAGACGAAUGGCUCGUUCCAUUUGGACUUGGCAAGAGGAGAUGCUUUGGAGACAAAAUAACUUGGCAGACACUCUUUGUCUUUUUAGUACUGUUUGUGCAGAACUUUAAAAUUAGUCUUGCUGACGAUGAAAAAGUAGAGGAUUUUCAAGAAAUCGUGGAAGGGAUGACCUGCUCACCAAAAUAUUUUGCUGGAGAGAUCACAAGUCGAUAUUAAAUUUAGUGUGAAAAAUUUCCAUUUAUGUAUGAUAGACAAGUAUGCAAAACUGGUGCAAAUGCAAAACUUUGUCUUUUUACUUUUAAUUAAAAGCAAUCUAAAAAUCAAGCGCUUUUAGCCGGCAGAGAGUGAACAUAUCAUUGAGGAUAAUGUAAAUUUAUGUACUUUUUAGGUAAUUUAGAAGUAAAUAAGAAAGUGAAAAAAUCAAAAUCAAAUAUUUUGACAGACUGUUUCAGUAAAAUUAAAAUUUGAAUAAUUAAACAGAAAAGGAAAAGCACAUUUUAGCUGCAGCAUGAAUAUUGAUUUACUGGUUUGUCGAAGCAGGAUGACUUUUGGAAGAUAGUUUCAGCUACAAUUUUUAUUAUUGAUUUAUAUAUUAAUUGCAAAAUUAAAGCAUGUUAAAAAAAUUCUGCUAUUAUUAUUUGAAAAUAAUAAAAAUAUCAAGUUUUAAAUCUAUACUCUGAUAGUGGCAGCAUAAAUUUGAAAAUUGAUUUUCAAUAUUUUGAUGGUGCAGAGUGCAUUAUUUCAAUUAAAGUGAAGCCCUUCAAAAGGAAACAGUUUUAAUGCUCCCAAAUUCAUAGAAAUAAAGAUAAUUAUAA